GCGAGCUCCCAAGGCCAGGGUGGGGGAGGGAGGCUCCCGUAUCAGAUCGGGUCAGCACGAGCCCCGGCGGCCAGCGCGGUGCCCCGGCCCCUUGCGGACUGCUCGGGUGGCUUCGGCGGCCUCCUCCCUUGGACACCGUAGUUACCAUGGGAACUCUUGGGCUAUAACCGGCGCCAAGCCCCUAGAGCCCAUCCCAUUCUUUAGUUAGACGCCUCUGGCUGGCGUGGGCCUGACAUUUCUUCGCUCUAGGGGGUCGUCCUCCCUUCCUAAAAAAUCUAGCAGGCUAGGGUGGGGAUGAGGAGUGAGAAAGGACAGGGCAAUGCCCAGAGUAAGAGCGGUUGACAGGCAGAAGACACCUACUGUGAUGCCAAGGUUGCUUCUGCCAUCUCAGGCCAGUGAAAGUGCAUAUCCGAAGGCCGUGUUGAGCGAGAAGGCAGUGCCACUGUUGAGACAAGUCCUAAGGCUAGGCCAGGGACUGUCCUUAGGGCCUCCUCCUUAUGAUGGCUGGGGAAGGGUCAACCAUUACUAGCCGCAUCAAGAACUUGCUGCGGUCCCCGUCCAUCAAAUUACGCCGAAGUAAAGCAGGAAACCGGCGAGAAGACCUCAGCUCCAAGGUGACCUUGGAGAAGGUGCUGGGAAUAACAGUAUCUGGAGGCAGAGGACUUGCUUGUGACCCCCGGUCAGGGUUAGUUGCCUACCCCGCUGGGUGUGUGGUUGUGCUGUUCAAUCCCCGGAAACACAAACAGCACCAUAUCCUCAACAGUUCCAGAAAGACCAUUACUGCCCUGGCCUUCUCCCCUGAUGGCAAAUACUUGGUCACUGGAGAGAGUGGGCACAUGCCUGCCGUGCGGGUUUGGGAUGUGGCUGAACGUAGCCAGGUGGCUGAGCUACAGGAGCAUAAGUAUGGCGUGGCUUGUGUGGCCUUCUCCCCUAGUGCCAAGUACAUUGUGUCUGUGGGUUACCAGCAUGAUAUGAUUGUCAACGUGUGGGCCUGGAAGAAAAACAUCGUUGUGGCCUCCAACAAAGUAUCUAGUCGGGUGACAGCGGUGUCCUUUUCUGAAGACUGCAGCUACUUUGUCACCGCAGGCAACAGGCACAUCAAAUUCUGGUAUCUUGAUGACAGUAAGACCUCAAAGGUGAAUGCCACUGUGCCCCUGCUGGGCCGCUCAGGGCUGCUGGGCGAACUGCGGAACAACCUGUUCACCGACGUGGCCUGCGGCCGAGGGAAAAAGGCCGACAGCACUUUCUGUAUCACCUCGUCUGGGCUGCUGUGCGAGUUCAGUGACCGCAGGCUUCUGGACAAGUGGGUGGAGCUGAGAAACACUGACAGCUUCACAACCACUGUGGCCCACUGCAUCUCUGUGAGCCAAGAAUACAUCUUCUGUGGCUGUGCCGAUGGCACCGUGCGCCUUUUCAAUCCCUCCAACCUGCACUUCCUGAGCACCCUACCCAGACCCCAUGCCCUGGGAACAGACAUUGCCAGCAUCACUGAGGCCAGUCGCCUCUUCUCUGGAGGGGCUGAUGCCAGGUACCCAGACACCAUUGCCUUGACCUUUGAUCCAGCUAACCAGUGGCUAUCUUGUGUAUACAAUGACCACAGCAUCUAUGUUUGGGAUGUGAGGGACCCCAAGAAAGUGGGCAAGGUGUACUCAGCUCUGUAUCAUUCCUCCUGUGUCUGGAGUGUGGAGGUCUACCCCGAGGUAAAGGACAGUAAUCAAGCCUGUCUGCCCCCCAGUUCCUUUAUUACCUGCUCCUCAGACAACACCAUCCGCCUGUGGAACACAGAGAGCUCUGGAGUACAUGGCUCUACCCUGCACCGGAACAUCCUCAGCAAUGAUCUCAUUAAGAUCAUCUAUGUGGAUGGGAACACUCAGGCCCUGUUGGACACUGAGCUUCCUGGAGGAGACAAAGUUGAUGGGACCCUGAUGGAUCCCCGAGUAGGCAUCCGUUCUGUGUGUAUCAGCCCCAAUGGACAACAUCUAGCUUCAGGAGACCGCAUGGGGACGCUUAGGGUACAUGAACUGCAGUCCCUGAGUGAGAUGCUAAAGGUAGAAGCCCAUGAUUCUGAGAUCCUGUGCCUGGAGUACUCUAAGCCAGACACAGGUUUGAAGCUGCUGGCAUCAGCGAGCCGGGACCGUCUGAUCCAUGUGCUGGACGCUGGGCGGGAGUACAGUCUACAGCAGACACUGGACGAGCACUCAUCGUCCAUCACUGCGGUCAAGUUUGCAGCCAGUGAUGGGCAAGUGCGCAUGAUCAGCUGUGGCGCGGACAAGAGCAUUUACUUCCGAACGGCACAGAAGUCUGGAGAAGGAGUACAGUUUACUCGGACGCACCACGUGGUACGGAAGACAACCCUCUAUGACAUGGAUGUGGAGCCUAGCUGGAAGUACACGGCCAUCGGCUGCCAAGACCGAAAUAUUCGGAUCUUUAACAUCAGUAGUGGGAAGCAGAAGAAGCUGUUUAAAGGGUCACAGGGUGAGGACGGCACUCUCAUUAAGGUGCAGACAGACCCCUCGGGGAUCUACAUUGCCACCAGCUGUUCUGAUAAGAACCUCUCCAUUUUUGACUUCUCCUCAGGCGAGUGUGUGGCCACUAUGUUUGGUCACUCAGAGAUUGUCACUGGCAUGAAAUUUAGUAACGAUUGCAAGCAUCUCAUCUCUGUGUCAGGGGACAGCUGCAUAUUUGUCUGGCGCCUGAGCUCUGAGAUGACCAUCAGCAUGAGGCAGCGACUGGCCGAGUUGCGCCAGCGUCAGCGAGGGGCCAAGCUGCCAGGACCGACCUCUCCCCAGAGGGCUUCUGGACCCGAGCGGCCCCAGGCCCCAGUGGCACCCCCUUCUGGACCAGCUCUCUCAUCAGACAGUGACAAGGAGGGAGAAGAUGAGGGUACUGAAGAGGAAGAACUGCCAGCUCUACCCACUCUUGGCCUGAGUGCCAAGAAAGAGCGAGCCUCGGUCUCUAGUCCAGCCUUGCUCCGAAGCCUGUCCCACUGGGAAAUGAGUCGGGCGCAAGAGACCAUGGAGUUCGUGCGCCCAGCUCCUGCAGCCAACACGGGACCCAAAAGAAGAGGACGCUGGGGUCAGCCAGGUGUGGAGCUGAGUGUCCGUUCCAUGCUGGACUUGAGACAGCUGGAGACCUUGGCCCCAAGCCCUCGAGGUCCGAGCCAGGACUCACUGGCUGCAUCCCCAUCUGGUCCUGUGAAGCAUGGUCCACAGGAGCUCUCAUGUGCUGGCCAGAAUGAAAAGGCCCCUCGGCUUCAGACUUGUUCCUGCUCCCACGUUAUCCAAUUGUUGUCACAAGAGGAAGGAGUCUUUGCCCAAGAUCUGGAGCCUGCACCCAUUGAAGAUGGUAUUGUCUACCCGGAACCCAGUGACAGCCCCACCAUGGAUACCAGUGCGUUCCAGGUGCAGGCUCCAACCAGAGCAUCCCUAGGAGUCUACCCAGGGCAGAGGGACUCCGAAAAGCACAGUCCUGACAGUGCCUGCUCUGUGGAUUACAGCAGCAGCCGGCUUUCCAGCCCUGAACACCCCAAUGAAGACUCUGAGAGCACAGAGCCCCUAAGUGUGGAUGGCAUCUCCUCAGACCUUGAAGAGCCAGCCGAGGGUGAUGAAGAAGAGGAAGAGGAGGGAGGCACUGGCCUCUGUGGGCUACAAGAAGGCAGCCCUCAUACCCCGGAUCAGGAGCAGUUUCUAAAACAGCACUUUGAGACUUUGGCCAAUGGGGCUGCUCCAGGGGGUCCAGCACGGGUCCUAGAAAGGACAGAGUCUCAGAGCAUCUCAUCCCGAUUCCUGCUGCAAGUGCAGACCUCCCCACUCAGGGAGCCAUCUUUACCCUCCCCAAGCGUGGCCCUGACAUCAAGACCUGACCAGGUGUCACAGGUGUCUGGUGAGCAGCUGAAAGGCAGUGGUGCCACUGCCCCAGGGGCACCCCCAGAAGUGGAACCCUCUCCUGGCAACUCCGGCCCCCAGCCAGUGGUUCCUGUGCUGUUGCCACGACGGCGUAACAACCUGGACAGCAGCUGGGCCCCCAAGAAAAUGGCUUCAACCCGCCCCCGUGGACUCCAGAAAGCCCAGUCUGUGCACAGUCUAGUACCACAGGAUGAGGGGCCUUCAUCGCGUUCACUGCUCUCCCGGGAGGUGGAGAUCCAGGGCAGCUUAGGAUCCCUGGCACAAGCUGACAGCUACCCACCUCAACCCCACGCCUACCAGCACCCCACCUCCAGUCCUACGGCCAAGCUGGCUCGCAGCGUUUCUGUUGGGGAGAACCCGGGCCUGGCGGCUGAACCUCAGGCCCCUGUACCAGUCCGAGUCUCACCACUCCACAAGCUAGCGCUGCCUAGCCGGGCUCACCUAGUCUUGGACAUCCCCAAACCGCUGCCUGACCGUCCUGCUUUGACCUCCUUCUCGCCUGUCACCAAGGGCCGAGGCCAUACCGAAGCAGACCAGUCCGGCUCCCUGGUGGGCCAAGGAAAGGCUCACACUACAUGUGAAAGGCGGGCCUGUUUAGGGGAGGGCACCACUCCUAAACCUAGGACAGAGUGCCAGGUUCAUCCUGGCCCCGCCCACCCCUGUGCCCAGCAACUGCCGGUCAGCGACCUCCUCCAAGGCCCUGAGAGCUUGCAGCCCCAUUCCCCUGAGAAGACUCCUAACCCCAUGGAAUGCACCCGGCCAGGGGCAGCCCUGAGCCAGGACUCAGAACUGGCCUGGAGCCUGCAACAAUGUGAGCAGCUUGUGGCCGAGCUCCAGGGGAACGUUCGCCAGGCAGUGCAGCUCUACCGCUUGGUGACCAGCUGUAAGACACCUUCAGCCGAGCACAGUCGUAUCACCCGGCUCCUGAGGGACACCUUCUCUUCAGUGCGGCAGGAGCUAGAGGCCCUGGCUGGAGCUGCGCUGUCCAGCCCGGGGGGCAGCCCUGGGGCUGUGGGAGCUGAGCAGACUCAGGCCCUGUUGGAGCAGUACUCAGAGCUAUUGCUUCGAGCUGUGGAGCGGCGUAUGGAGCGCAGACUCUGAGCUCCAGAAGGCUGUCCCAAGAGAAAUGCUCCCCAUUCCAAACUGUAGCCCUUCUUCCACUCAUGAGAACCUGUGAGCAUGUCUGGAGUGGAGAGCAGGGAUCAGUGUUCAGAGGCAAAGCAGCCUUCCCAGCUGCUCCUCGCGGGGCCCCUGUAUUUAUUAAUUUAUUUCCCUGACUGUUGCCUCACUUCCUGAGGACUCCUGCCUCUAAAGCCCUCCCGUGGCUCAUAGCAGGCCAGGUCUUGAGUCUAUGUCAUCUUGGUGCUGUGAGGGGCAGGAGGACAGCCUGCCUCAUCUGGGGACAUUGGGAAGGGCUGGCCUUCUCUUCUUAGAAGCCAUUUGACGUUACUUCAGGGAUCGGCUCCCUGGGGCGGAGCAUACACAGGGUACUCUGGGGUAGAGAUAAAGGUGACGUGCUAUUUAGGCCCUAAAGCCAACUAAGCCCCUUACCUCUACUCCCUCACCAGCUGCGCUCUCCUGGCUGCCAAAGCAGGCGAGGUUUUCCCCAAUUCCUGGCAGUUGAGAAGGCAGAGCUGCCUGGCCCUCCAGGGGAUUCCCAGCCCUUAGAAGACUUGAGUUGGUAUCAGGACCUGAGCCCCCACAUUCCACUCCCAUUCUCCCUGCAAGAGAGCCCCAGCAUUUUCUACCCUCAUCCUUUUUUUUUCCCUUGUGGAGCCAGUUGUGGGAUUUUGCUGCCGGACAGUGAAGCCCUCUGUUGGAAACACAAAGCCUGGCCUGCUUCCCUCAGCCCUUAGACCUCCUUAUUCUCUAGCCCUGGUCCCUAGAGGACUGCUGAGACUCCAGGGACCACUUUCUCCUUUAUCCUGGGCAAUGCGCAAUCAGAAACCUGUAUUGGGAGUUCCCUCAUGGUUUACAGGGCACUGGCCCACCUUCCUAGGACUUUGGACACACACACACACACACACACACACACACACACACACACACAAUGUAUACACAGUUGAGUGUUCAUUGUUAGAAUACUUGCCUGGCUGGUAUAUACCUGGUUUCUUCACAUCUGGCCUCAGCUUCACUAGCCUGGCUUAGUUAGACCUCUUAUCCAGAAACAUGAACGGGAGCACACUAAAAUUCUGGGAUCUUGGUGUCCGCAGCCAGGCUGACAGGAGAUGGCUAAGGGACACCUGGCUCAUGGGGGAAGGUCGUUUUCAAAGGCAGUGCUGGGUGCCCAAAGAUACUGGAUACUGGAGAUUGUGGAGUGGAGGGUCUGGGCCAGAGACACUGGAAAAGUGUAGGAGGACAGGUAGGUGGUGGAGGUAGGGGACAGAUUAAGGUAAUUGUUAGAGGGGAGAGAGAGGGCAUAGGCAGGGUGUAGGAAGGAACAAGGAGUGAGGUGAUUGCAGAACUGGAGUGAGUAUGUGUCUCUGGGCCCUCCUUCCCUCUGCAUCAGGUAAUGCAGAGUGACGUUUCUCCAGGUUUAGACAGCAAAAACCUGCCCAAACGCCUUCCAAGCCCUGGAGGCAGAGGCUAGAAAGAAACGGUUUUAAUGGGUGCUUAGCUUUGGUGGUUCUACCUGAGUGCCCUAACUACAUCCAAACCAUGUAUUCCCUUUUUCCGUACCACCUGCCUGGCCAAACUCCUAGCCCAAAGAACAGUAGUGGCUGGGGGUGGACCCCUUGUCAGCCAGAGGGUUAGAAAUCCGCCCCAGCAAUAGGGCUGCCCUGACCCCCACCAGGUUCUUAGAGGGCCUUAGCCAGCCUGCCCUUCUCGAGGGAGCCGGGCUUUUCCCUGCGCCUCUACCCUGCAUGGAUGUGGUCUUGUGGCCAGCGGCGCUUAGUUCCUUUUGCAUGUCUGAGGCCACUGGCAACUGCCGCCCACGUCCAGAUUUGUCCCAUCCCAGUUUUGAAAAGCCCCUUAUUUAUAACUUUUAUACUGUGGCGCCUGUCUCCUCCCCGGCUGUACGGGGUGGGGCUGUUUUAACGUCUCGUUUGUACUGAUGUAUGAAAUUGUCAAUAAACACAAUCAUUUGUUAA